AAAAUUUAAUGAAGGUGAGGUAUGUGAUUAUUAUGCAUUUGUACCAAAAGGAUACUAUGCUGAGGGUGAGCCAUUAGCUUUCUUCGAAUCAAUCGAAGAAAAAAUUGCAGAUAUUUAUAAAAAAGAGUUAGCUUUAAAAGGUGGAUUAAAACAUGAAACAAUAGAAAUUAUUAGAGAAGAUCGAAUUAAUGCAACAAUAAAAAAAGGAUAUGACAAAAUUAUAGAUCAAAUAGAAGACGAGACAUUACAAGAAUCUGGAUGUAGUUAUCUAUCUUUACCAGAAGCUUUAGAUAAGCCACAACUAGGAAUAAUUAAUCCACAAAAUAGAGAGGAUAAUGAGUAUUUUAAAUGGUGUAUAAGUGCAUAUCACACAAGAGAGGAAGCAAUAAAAGCUAAUAGAAAGCCACCACAUCUUAAUGAAACUCGGAUACUUAGACGAAAUGCAAAUAUAGCAAAUUUUGAAGGUAUAAAAUUUCCAGCAACACUCCAUGAUAUAGAUAAAUUUGAAGAAAGCAAUCCUAAUUAUGCUAUCAAUAUAUUUAAACCAUUUUAUAGAGAAGCUUUCAGAAAAAUAAAAGUAGAUAUAGAUCCAUUACAUAUUUCAGAAC